GAACAGAUAUUCUUUUGCUCUUCUGAUCAGAUGAAUUCUCUCCACUACUUUCCAAGAUCGUCUGCUUUGCCCUUGCAAAGCUUCAAAUUUCAUAAAAGAAGGCCUUCUUCUUGCCCUGUCACUGCGUUGGGAGUGAUGAGCUCUACUGAUGCGCACCGUAGUAUUUCUGUGAAGGCUGUUUCUGGUUCUACAUCCAGUGCAGCGAUGAGCGGUCCUGAGGCAAAGGAAGAGAAGUCUGACACAUAUAGUCGUGGCAUGACUGAAGCUAUGGGGGCUGUUUUGACUUAUAGACAUGAGCUGGGCAUGAACUACAAUUUCAUUCGUCCAGACUUAAUUGUCGGAUCUUGCCUACAGACUCCGGGAGAUGUUGACAAGCUACGUAAUAUUGGAGUGAAAACUGUAUUUUGCUUGCAACAAGAUCCAGAUUUGGAAUAUUUUGGGGUAGACAUCAGUUCGAUACAAGCGCAUGCCAAGACAUAUGAUGACAUUGAACACAUACGUGCUGAGAUUAGGGACUUCGAUGCAUUUGAUUUAAGAAUGAGGCUUCCAGCUGUGUUAGGUAUAUUGUACAAGGCCAUAAAUCGAAAUGGAGGUAUUACAUAUGUGCAUUGCACUGCUGGUCUUGGAAGAGCUCCUGCUGUUGCUGUCGCGUACAUGUUUUGGGUUCAGGGCUAUAAACUAGGUGAAGCUCACAGAUUGCUGCAGAGCAAACGUCCAAGCUUCCCAAAGCUGGAUGCCAUAAAAAAUGCAACUGCUGAUAUUCUUACAGGCCUCAGGAAAAGAAACGUCACUUUGACAUGGGAAGAUAAAAAUUGCUCUGUGGUUGAAGUUUCUGGACUCGAUAUUGGAUGGGGCCAGAGAAUAUCUUUAACUUUUGACAAGGAACAGGGCCUAUGGGUUCUUAAGAGGGAAUUGCCAGAAGGUCGAUACGAGUACAAGUACAUUGUUGAUGGUGAAUGGACAUGCAAUAAAUAUGAGCUUGUUACAUCUCCCAACAGAGAUGGCCAUGUGAACAAUUUUGUCAGUGUUCUUGAUGAUCAGAGCAGUGAUCACGCAGAUCUUCAGCAGAGGUUGGCUGGCGAUAAUCCUGACCUUACAAAGGAUGAACGCAUGAAGAUAAGGCAGUUUCUUGAAACAUUUCCUGAAGAUAAGGAGUGAAACACAAAGCAUCCCCCUAGUACAAAGCAUUAGAGCAUGUAAAGCCAAUAAAUGUGAUGACUUUGUUUCUAAUAAUUUCUGGGAUCAUCUCACCCUCGUUUCUUAUGGUAAACUGAAAGCAUUAUUCUUA